CUGUCCUAGAGCAUUGGGCAAGAAGGGAAGCUGUCUGAUUGCGUGUGCCCCACUUGCUCCCAGAACAUUAGCCAUGCAUGGAACCUAGGGGACUGAGAGGUUACGCGACUUGUCCAAGGCAACUCAUGUCGCUGGUGCUGGGAUGGUGGUUGCAAGUGCUGGAGGACUCCUGGCAUCUGGAAAUGGGCUGCUGAGAACCAGCCCUAGACCUCUGCUUGAGGGUCCUUCCUCUGAAGACAUCACCAGUGUGUGGAGCCCGCCCCACACCCACCCCCUGCCAAACCACGGCCUUUACCUGUGUCUUCCGGUGUUUCCCGUGCGACCCAUCCUGUGGGAGUGCCUCGUGGGCCGCCCCAGAGUUCACCCCACACUCAGCAGCGCCAAUGGUGAAGAUGACAAGAUCCAAGACUUUCCAGGCAUAUCUGCCCUCUUGCCACCGGACCUACAGCUGCAUUCACUGCAGAGCCCACUUGGCCAAUCAUGAUGAACUUAUUUCCAAGUCGUUCCAAGGAAGUCAAGGACGAGCAUACCUCUUUAACUCAGUAGUUAACGUGGGCUGCGGGCCGGCAGAAGAGCGCGUGUUGCUAACAGGACUGCACGCCGUCGCAGACAUUUACUGUGAAAACUGCAAAACCACUCUGGGCUGGAAAUAUGAACAUGCCUUUGAAAGCAGCCAGAAAUAUAAAGAAGGCAAAUACAUCAUUGAGCUAGCACACAUGAUCAAGGACAAUGGCUGGGACUGAUUGGAGAGCAUCUACCCAACCCAGUGUCCACGUGAAUGCCAUCCAACCGAACAUUCUACCCAAGCGUGAGAGAGUGACUGAACACUUGGUUCCAUCCAUUUAGGGGCCUUGCCAUCUGGGGCAUUCUCCCACCCUGCCACCAUCUUUCUGGUGACCAGCCUCUAAAUUGCUGUCUCUCUGUCUCUUUGCUUUGUAUCUGUUUGUGAGUUGAUCCUGGCUUCUCUCUCUGUUCUAGUGUUGGCUGAAAGCAAAACAACAAAAGGAACAGAUGCCUGCCCGCAUGGCGGCAGCCCACUUUGAUAAAGGGCCCAGGGCCCUUGAAGAGCUGCCUGAUGGCCUCUUGUCAGGAGAACAGUGGCACAGCACAGGGGUGUGAGGAAGAGGGGAACCAGGAGGGUCCCGGGUGGGUAGGGGACGGGAGGGUAGAGGUAGGAACAAACUUGUGCUGCUCCUGGAGACCUGGGAACUUAGGCUUGAAAUAAUCGACUUGUCUAAAAGGACAAAGAGAAAAAAAAAUACCUCAUGACUGCAUUCUCUCUGAUCAGAAGCUUCUGUUCCUGACACCAAAUGUGCCAGGUGAGCAAAUGAGCACAAGAAGUGGCCCUAAUUCUAGCUGGCGGGGCAGGGGCCGGCCUGGUUCCCCUGGGCCGAGCUGGGGGGUGUCCUGGCAGCAAUGAGGGACUCGGGAAAAGCCCACAUGGUUUUGAUGACUCUGAUGCCUCACUGCUCCUCUGGGUAAUCAUCUUUGCCUCUUCAGCCACUGUAGGUGACAGGAGAGGGGACUGCCAUUUGCAAUGGGUGCAAGAUCCAAACGUCCCAAAGGCUUUGACCAGCAACCGAGUCAAAUCAGUGAUUGGGGAUAACAGGGAACAAAGGGGGAUGCAGUUUAGGUGCUCCUGCAGAAAUGGCUCUGAUAUUGGGCCAGAGAAAAUAAAAGGUAGAACCAGUUAGCAGUUCUGACUGACCUUUUUUUCUGAACCUUAGUAAGAGAAGAGCAUUGUGGCAAGGAAGGGAGGGUGGGGCGGGGCAGUGCCGGGAAUAGUUUAGGUUUGAACCAUAACAGGUUAAGUGCAUCUUUCUUCUUUGGUAUGCAGUGGCUUCACUGAGAUCAGCAAUUCUUUGUACGUAGAGUUUUGGGUGUUUUUCUCCAGUUCUAUCAUUGUAGAUCCUGGAAAACAAAGUCCCAAGGCUUCGAGCUUAGUGAUAACCUGGCCGGUAGAUUCCUCAUGCCCCUAGCUGUUCUCUUUUACUUGCGUGUGUUGUGUGGAGACAAAUCUGUCAAUGUGAUCCAGCGAUGGGAAGGUCUCAGAUUUGAUGUCAAACGGCAAGUUAUAAAUUCCAGUAUUACGCCCCACUCCCCGCCUCCCCAUCCAAAGUUCAUUAUAUUAGGGAAGUGGAGAACAAAUCCCUGUAAGGCUCUUGAGAGAGAGAGAGGAGUUUGUUACGUUUAAUCAACACUGUGAAGUCUGUUCUACAGCAAUUUAGCCAGUACACGGUGCAUGACCGAAACUCAUUUAACUGAGUUAAUUUCAUUGCUUAGACUGAAAAUAUUAUUAUUGCUAAGAUAUGUGUAGGUUAUGUUAGGUAAUUCUCAGCAUCUCAUUCCCCAAGUAGGCUGAUCCCAUAGGAAAAUUCACCUUAAAAGUCACAAAAGAGUGAGUUCAUGGAGAUGAGAACCUGUAAAAUUCUUAACGAAGAUUAAAGCGGCCAACCCAGGACAUUUUCAGAAUUGAGCCAAAUUCCCAGAGGGGGCGAGUCUGUUGUGGAAAUGCCUUUUUGAGUCUCUGUGUGCUGAUUGUGGAACGAGGGGCUGAGAUGGGUGUGGUCCUGUCCAGCCACACGUUUAGCAGCAGACAGCUUCUGUAAGACAAAGAAGAUUCUUAAAAAUCGAAUUUUGUUCCCGAAGGCUUCUUGCCCACAUCUUUUGGUGCUUUUAGUAGCCUGGGAGAUUAAGUUGUUCUCUCCACGUUACUAAAAAGCAGACUGAGGUUCAGAAGAAGUCUUUUCAUUUCCGAUCCCAGAGAAAUAGUUCCUCUGGCUCCCAGGCCCCAGAUCUCAAUUAAAAAAAAAAAAAUUCAACUUUCACAUUCCUAAGCUGGCUUGCCAGCAUAGAAAUCAUAGAUUCCCCUCCCCAUCCCUGCUGAAGGGAUAACAAAAUCAUUUCUGUAUUUUUAGUAGCCCCUUGACUCAGGAAACGUCCUGGCUAUUGAUAAUCCUUUCCAUAAAAAGAAGACGGUAUGGGGGGUUGGGGAGGACAUGGGUAGGUGUGUAAGAACGGAGCGUGGUGAUAUAGAAACUGGACAUGAGGUCCCCUAGAAUUUUCAAGGGGCAGAGGAGACUGAUGUGCCACUGUGUCUGUGGGGAUGGGGCCUCUGACUCUUACACAGAUCAGAGCAGGCUCCAGUUAGACCCCGGUUCUGGUAUUUUUUUCAAUUACUAUCCGUUGAGCGUCCAAUGGGCGCACGGCACUGUACUUGGUGCCAGAGAUCUGAGCAGAAUGUUGCAACAGGGGAAGAAAACCCAACUCGUUAGGCUUUCCCUUUGUGUCAACCAAAAGUACUUCUUAUAACUUUAGCUUCAUUCAUGCUUGUCUAUCUACCGUCUAUAGUAUUGGAGAGACCGCAGCUGAGCGAUGGAGAUGCGUCAACUCAAGGCCUCAGUCAGUUCCUUUCUUAGUUUCCUCACCAAAUUACUGACUCAGAGCAUAACCAAAGACCUCAUCCAUUCACCCCUGGGAGGUUCGGGGAAUUGGAGUUCAAUGAUAAAGCUAGGGUGGGGUGCAGGGAGUAGGGAAGGGGAGAAGAAGUGAGAAGGGAAAAGGUAUAAAACCUUUUAUUUAUACUGAGGUUCAGAAGAAGUUUUAUACCUCAGCCAGCAGCUGCCUUCAUUUUCAACCGAAGUCCAACCGGCAGACUCUAGUUCCGUCUCCCCUGUACCUCCCUAGGUCAUAUGGCCUCCGCGGUCCUGGAUUACACCCAGCCUGCCGGGAGGGAUGUUAGUCUCGGGCUGCCGAUGUCCACCGAUCGUCAGCUGGGCCUGCCUGAGUGCUCCCCCGAUUCCCCAGACAGCAGAGUAAAUCUUUACUGGUGGAUCAGUGUGUAAAAGAGAGGUGUCCCCUUGACAAAAAGAUUUUCAAGUGGAUAUAUAAGAAACAGUUGCUUGUGAAAUAUACUUUUGUAAAUAAUAUUUAAUUUUUUAAAUAAUAUAUUUGGUGCUGUUUUCUCAGAUCCCCUGAGAGCACUUUUUAUUUUCAUUUUUAAAUGCUGCGGUUUCCUCUGCAUUUCUUGAAGUAUAUCUUAAGGGAAACAGUGAUCACCAAUAUACUCUUAAAAAAGAAAAAAGAAAAAAAAAGAUCUCCAUCACUUUAGUCUGGACGGAGGCAAUAAAGCAAUGCCUCUCUGCAUUUCUUCCCAAAGGAACAGACUCUGCAGUACAUUACCAAGUUGAGAAUUGAAAUAUUUUGUUGCACCACUAUUGGCUAGAAAAGAAAAUAGAUAAAAUCAAAUAAAUUUAGUAACAAAUUAGAGUGAUUCCUCUUGUUGGAAGAAUUUCCAACAGUUUGGAGUCUCGGAGUCUUGUUUUUACUUGUGUGUGUGUGUGUGUGUGUGUGUGUGUGUGUGUGUGUGUGUGUGUGUGUGUGUGUGUGUGUGUGUGUGUAAAGCACUUUGGGUUGUGCCUCCUGUUUUCGUUUUUAUUGGGGACACUGUACCUACAGUUUACACCUUGGGCACAUAAGAUUUUUCUUCUCUUUUUCUCUGGUGGUUUUGUUUCUGAGCGGACCAACAGCACAGCCCUCGAGGACUUUGUUUUCCUGAGCAUGGAGCUGUUGCCUGUUUGCUCCUUUUGUCUUUCUUUGUGUGCUCAACUUUUACAGACUGUAAAGGAAAUCUGUUGUUGUGAAGAUCAAGCAGAGUCAAAGCUGUGUUUCUCACUGAGAUGUGAGUGUAUUCAUCAUGAACCCAGGGCUCCAGCUGUUGUGGAAGCCACAUCAUGUUAAACAUUAAACUGGUUUGGGUAGAAAGAACGUCAAUAAAAUAAUACACAUACCUUCGAGGUAAACACCUUUUUUUUUUUUUUUUAAGGUCAGAUUGCCUCAGGUUCAGUAAGAGGCUGGGAAAUCAAAUCUUGAACACAAUCAUCUUACAUAUUUUAAAAAAAGAGUCUGCUCAAAUGAGAAAACAUGCUAGUGGUCUAGUUCAAGGAAAGAGAUAUUUAAUAUUUAAAAAUAAAAUACAGUCGUGAAAUUGGCCAGCAGUGAAAGGUAAAGCCAAGAAGAAACAAGCUGUUCUCAUAUUACCAAAUUCUGUCUGUCCCUGUGUUUUUGUAUAACAUUUUGGUGAAAGUGAGAGUCAGUUCCCUUUUCCAACCUGCAGAGACUAUCUUUCAAUACAGACUCAAUUUAUGCUUGUGUUUACAAACUGUAUUUGUUGGGUUUGGGUUUUGUUUUUCUUUCUUUUUUUUUUUUAAUUAAAAAUUUUUUUUCAGUGGCAUUUUCAGGUCACUUUGCUUCAAUAACAAAGAUAAUUAUUUUCAAGUAAUUUGUCUUCACCUUUUCCUGUAUUUGUACAUAGUGAUUCAAUAUUAGAGAAAAGUGCAUUGUUUCUGUCAUAUUUCCAAUCUGUGUUGGUGCUCA